CACGUGUGUCGCGAACAAAUUUGGAUAUAUUAGAGUGAACCGUACAUUCACAUCUUGCACUGAAGGUUUGUAUACCUCCUGACGCUCCCGACCAGUAUACGGACCGCUGGACGGAUCUAUAGCAGGAUGAAUCUAUGAUCCUACGUUCCUUCGUCAAUCCCAUGACGGUGUAUACACCCGGUUCCGGACCGAUCGUUGGUAUUAUAUAUCCUUGAUUCCGGGAUUCAGCUCUAUCUCGCCUCCCUACUAUGUCUUCCAUGAAGUUCACAUCGCGAAAUCUCUAUGACCUCUCCGGCCUCGUGGCUGUCGUUACUGGUGGCGGAACAGGAAUAGGAUACAUGAUCGCGCGAGGACUUGCAGAGAACGGAGCCAAAGUGUACAUCGCAGGGAGAAGGAAAGAGGUCCUAGAUAAAGUCGUGGCGAGUGGGUCUAUAAAUGGGACAGUGGUAGCACUGCAGAUGGACGUCACGGAUAAGGAAAGUAUACUCUCAGCAACAAGGGUGUUGGAGGAAAAGGAAGGAAAACUGCACAUUUUGGUUAACAAUGCCGGCCAAGUUGGUCCCAUGUCCGAAUUCUUCAAUCAGAUGGAUGCCCCAGAACACAAGGACGCUGAGACACUCGGCAAAGCGAUGUUCAACGAAUCAAUGCCAGGAUGGUCGGAUCUCUAUUCCAUCAACGUGUUCCCCAUCUUUUUCGUCACCAUGGCGUUCUUAGGGCUGCUUGAUAAUGGGACAAAGGAAUGCGCGAACACCCGCCCAGGAUACACGGCCAGUGUCAUCAACGUUACAAGUAUCAGCGGGUUGAUGAGGCUGGCACAAGGAUCACGCUUAGCGGCAUGGCAGUUCGCAUACAACAGCGCCAAAGCCGCUGCAUCGCAAUUGAACAAAAUGCUAUCUACAGAACUUGCGCUUAAAAACGUACCCUCUCCUGGACCGUACGAGUCGGAGAUGACGACCGAUGUGAUCACACCCGAAGAGGUGGACAGUAUCGGGAAGGGCGUGUCGCCUGUGCCUGCGAAGAGGGCUGGGAAAGGCGAGGAGAUGGCGGGUACGGCGGUUUACCUGGCUUCGCCGGCAGGGGGGUAUAUGAACGGGCAGGAACUCGUUAUCGAUGGGGGCUAUCUAGCGGUAAACCCAUGAGCUUAGUCUGCGGGGAAAGUAGUUGGCAGGCAGAUUGCUAGUGCUAGAACCAGGCAAGUAAAAUUGCAGACGUGUAUUUUUGUACUUUUUUAAUUACUCCUCUUACACACCUUGUGCACUUU